CUAUAAGGUCGACACGGGAAACGUCAAAACAUCACGCAAUAACUGGAGGUUAUUGAUCAGCGUUCUAAAUAUCACUGUCAGUUCUCUCCCAAACCGACAGCUCCACGUAGGAUUGUCUCCACGAACAGUCCUGCCAACAUCACGAACCAACAUGCGUCUUCCCUCCUUCAUCCCUGUUGCUGUUUUGUUCGUGGAUGCGCUGGGGCACGGGGGCAUUUACAACUACAGUAUUGGCGGUGUCUCAUACGCUGGCUCGUACCCAUGGCUCCUCGAGGACCAGCAGCCGAAGGGCAUCCAGCGCCGCUGGUGGCCAGACCCGAUCCAGUCCGUGAACCACCCUUACCUUGCCUGCAACCGCGGAAACCCUCUGGCCAAGAGCCACCCAACGCAGCACGCACCCAUCCAGGCCGGCACCAACAUCACGGCUUACUACAUUCCUCCUGUUUGCCCCGCCGGUUUCUAUCAACCGACCGAGAACCUCUACCCAGACGAGUUCCAGGACCCGGAACGACCCAUGCGAUGCAUGGGACCCGAGUACUCGUGGGUGCACGCCACGGGACCCAUGCUCGUCUACAUGGCCAACUGCAACGGGCCGUGCGACCAGUUCGAGCCCGAGGGGAAGAAGGUCUGGUUCAAGAUCUACGAGUCGGGGCUCAAGAACGGCGGCGAGUACGACCAGUGGGGGGACAGGAUCGACGUCGGCGAUUCGACUGGGUGGGAUCAGAUUCGCGUUGCGAACAAGGGGUGGAACAUCACGAUUCCAAAGAACCUCCGGCCUGGGAACUACCUCAUCCGGCACGAGAUCAUCAUGAUCGAGCUGAUGCCGCCUCAGUUCUACCCCGAGUGUGCUCAACUCACCGUGACCGGCGACGGGGACAUGGUUGCCGGCGAGGAGUACCUGGUGUCGUUUCCCGGUGCUUACUCUAUGGAUGAGCCGGGCUUGGCCAUCAGUGGAGAUUUGUACUCGGCGAGGGGCCAUUCCACCUAUAAUUACACCAUCCCGGGACCGCCGCUCUGGACAGGCGGGAACUAAGAUCGCAUUGGUAUCGCAGUAAGACUGGGCCCGGCGAGGCUGUGAGCUCGGGCGAAUUUAUACGCCGGA